CAGGCGGACGCUACUGCGCAUGUCCGCGUCUGAACAGCCAGAGAGAGAAAGAGAGAGAGGGAGAGAGAGACAACAGGAAAAAGUGUCAGAGACAAAGGAGUGAGCAGUGUUUGUUGGAGGAGGAGAAGAGUUGUCGCUGUUGUGAGAGUGAAGCUGUGUCAGCGCUGACAGGAAGAAACACCAGGUGCAUUUCAGGCAUCGUCCCCGGCUCCUGUUGCAUCCGUCCCAGUGGACGUGACGCCUCCCGGUCAGCGGACCGGCGAUGGGGAGAACUGCAAAGCUUUAGGCUCCUGGUGACUGGAUGGAAAGAGCUGUCAUCGCAGUGAGGAUGGAGGAAGUGGAAACACACAGAGAGCAACCGAUGGCUGUUUGAUGGACGACGCGGCUUUCAUCAUUUUCGUCUGGACUGCACUUUGUUUGUGAUCUUUAUUUUAUUUUUAUUUUUCGUUCCUGGAAUUCCCAUCUUCAGUUCCACUUCCUCUUUGUGACCUUUCCUCAUGUGCAUCCUUCAGCAAGAACAGGUGUCGCUGUGUUGAAGCCACAGGUCUCAUUUACCUUGCAAACCCCCACCUCCCUCUCGACCACAGACACACGCACACAAUAGCGCCUCUCUUCCCAGCGGCUGAGAGGUUGCUAUGGCAAUGGUUGCCAUGAUGCUGAUGUAGUGUCCUGAAGGUAGUAGCUGUGGAGGUAGUGGCGGGGACAGAGGAGGGGGCAGCGGCGGUGGAGGCGAACAAGCCGGGAUGGGGAGCGCUCCGUGUCCAGCCGGCGAGUGGAAGGGGAGGGGGCGAGGAGGCCUGCAGGAGCUGGGCUGCAUGCCCUGGAAGGUCAGCAAGCAGAAGUAUGGAGGAGGAGAGGUGGUGGUGGUGGGAGCGGAGGAGAGGAGGUGCAGGGAUCCCAGGGACUCUCAACAGCAGCAGGAUCUCUCGUCUUCCUCCUCCUCCCUCACCCCUCCAGCGCCUCCCCAAUCCUCUUUGACACCUCCAGCCAUUUAUCAUGAAAAGCAGCGGAGGGAGCUGUGCGCCCUGCACGCGCUCAAUAACGUCUUCCAGGACGGGACAGCCUUCAGUCGGGACACCUUGCAGGAGAUAUACCAGAGGCUUUCUCCCAGCACUCUGGUGACGCCCCAUAAGAAGAGCAUGCUGGGAAAUGGGAACUAUGAUGUAAAUGUCAUUAUGGCAGCCCUGCAGACCCGAGGGUUUGAGGCAGUUUGGUGGGAUAAAAGAAGGGAUGUUGGCAGCAUCGAGCUCUCCAAUGUGACAGGUUUCAUUCUGAAUGUGCCGUCCAACCUGCGCUGGGGGCCCCUGCGGCUGCCGCUCAAACGCCAGCACUGGAUAGGAGUCAGAGAGGUGGGAGGAGUCUACUACAACCUGGACUCCAAGCUGCGUAGCCCUCAACCCAUCGGCAACCCGGAAGAGCUCAGGAAGUUUCUGCGCCAGCAGCUGCGAGGGAAGAACUGUGAACUCCUAUUGGUCGUUUCAGAGGAAGUGGAGGCACGGCAGACGUGGCGGUCUGAUGGCUGAGGGGUUAACCAGCCAAUCACAGCUCCAACUGGGCCAACAGCCAAUUUCAGAAUGAACGGGAGAGAAAGUUGAGUCGUGCACAGCCAAACACAAAUGGAUGCACACUUAAAGAUGUAUUUUUUCCCUUUUUUUUAUUUGGGUUUUGUUUACACGGCCUUUGCUGGACUCUUAUCUGAUAAGAUGCAAAGCAGUGAAGGAAACACUUUACAGGGAGAAUCAAAGAAUCACAGUCCUUUUCUCACUACACAGUCGAGACUUGUGAAAAGUUAUUAUUCUGUUUCUGCUACUCUUGUGUUUUUAUAUAUAUUGACUAUUUUUCAAUGUUUGUUUUUGAGCUGUUUUUUUUUGUUUUUUUUACUGUUCAAGUUUCAAAGUUUCCAAAGUCAUGGGAAUUCUGACUUUCUGAAAACAAGCUGUGUUUAUCUGCUUGUCUCCAUCGGUGAUCCUCACCCAUGAUGUUCACCCGUGUGUUUUCGUGUUCCUGUCUCUCCCUGUAUGUUGUGAAUCUGUCGCUGUCCGUUUCCUCCAUCCUUCACUUUCACCGAAGCGUGCCCUCCCUUACCUCAGUGCCACGCCAUCUUACUUCUCCUCUAUGUCACUUUGUUCAUAUCACAGGACAAAGUCAGUGAUGUAUCACGUUGCCAACUUUGUAUUUCAUCCAUUUUUCAAACACUUCUGGUUCACACUGAGCCUUCACUGUGCAGAGGCUGUGCUGACACAACAGUUUUAUAAUGGCAACAAAGCAAUGCAACACACAGGCCAUGCACUCCCUCUAGUGGAUCCUUAACCUCCGUUUCCUUCCUUGCUCUUUUUUUUUUUACGGUUUUCACGUUCAAAUGAUCACUACAAAGUAAAGAAGUCUGCUUGUCAUCAAAGAAGUCAUUCUAAUUAUAAUCAUCCUUUAGUGGAAUUUUACUGUAACAAUCAAGUUAGGCCGAUAAAGAAACAGGACAUCUAAAUUAUUAAUAGAAUUUAACUUAUCAAAAUCUACAGUUCAGUUUUAAGGGCCUCUUACUCGCUUGAUGUGACGCCUUUGAUUAAACUUGUACGGUGCUUGUCAGCAGAUGGAGUUGGCUCAGUUGUCAUGGAAAUGUAGACGUUCAAACUUUCAGCUCGUCAGCAGUAAAUUAACGCGCAACAAUCUUUAAAAUCAACAUUUAAAUCAUUUUCUAAACAUAAAUUCUGAUUCUGACUUUUUCCAGGUGAAUAUUUGCAGGAUUGCUGAGUUGUUUAUGAAAAAAACAUAUAUCUUGUGGUUUGGACACUAAGUUGGACAAAGCGAACAAUUAAUAUACAAAUAAUACCAAAACAAUUUUCUGACUUUUUAUCGACUGUAAAAGAAAAAAAUCGCGAAAAUAAACAGCAGAUUCAUUGAUAAUCAAAAUACAUUUCAGUUGCACCCCUACUUCUAUGGUAACUAAGAAACUUGAAAUCUGCUGAUGAGGACUAUUUUGAAAAGGUCAAAAUCUCCAGAGCAAGUGGACUUAGAGUUUCAGCACAUUAUUUAUAAAAAUAUCAUAUAGGUUUAAAGAAAUAUUGUUUUACUUCGCCCCUUUGACCACUCUGUACAAAACAGAAGUAGAGGACACGAGGACACAACACAGAAAACUUCAUUCUGUUCCUGUUUCUUCAUUUUUUCUUUUUCAAAUGAUCUCCAGCGCCGCAGCCCUCUGUAGCACAAGAGCUGAGCCGAUGCAGUGCUCCUCCUCCUCCUCCUCCUCCUCUCAAACAUCUCUUGUCAAACCUGCCAAACUCUGCUCCGACAGUACGUUGUCACUACAGUAAGCGGUGAUCUGUAAUGUGUAAGGGGAUCAGUCUGAAGAGGGGUUUUGCCGGUUGUUUCUGUGAAGGGAAGUUGUCAGUUUGAGAAACAGUGGAUGUAGCGUAACGUGCCUGGGUAGUGGGUAAUCUAGAAAAAGAAGUAACGUGAAAAGGAAAAGUAAGUGAAGUGACCACACGUCUUACCGGAUGUGUGUUUGUGGUUGGUCAUCGUGAAAUGGGCCUUAAAAAAGUCUGCUGUCGUAGCUUUCAGAUCUAUCAGUUGAAGAUGUUUAUACAAGUAUUGUCUGUUAAUGACGAUAUUGGCCUUAACUUGUUUACAUUAGAAAAACAAAUAUAUGUAUAUGUGUGUUUCUCUGAAAGAGUGACAGGGGCUGUGCAGUUCCAUGCCAUUUCAAGAGAUUUAUUCCAAAGCACCAGUUUAUCCUAAAUUUAGAGGAGGAACAACUGUUGCUCAGCUGAUACACAGAUGAACUCGUCUGUAAGGGUUUUUCUUCACUUGUGCAGCCAAGGACUUUAUUAUAUUUACAAAAGUUUAAAACUGAAUAAUUUCAUUUAAAAAAAAAAAAAAUAACAAUAAUAUCACAUGAUUUUCAAUGGUGCAGGUCUUAUCUACAAUCCCAGCCUAGUGUGUAGACCUUCAAUGUCAUAAUAAAUUCAAGUGAAACAUCAGUGGGGCUGAGAUACUUGGACCCAUUCACAUCAUAACUAGUGUCUCACAACUGCAUUCAACUGUUUAUUUGUUUUUUUGGCACGACAAUCCAUUCAGCUGUUCCUGCUUAAGGAAUCUUGAUUGUCACUUUUUUUUUGCAUAGAAAUAAAAUGCUUAUAAUGGCACUUUA